CACACACACACAGAGAGAGAGAGAGAGAGAGAGAGAGAGAGAUCUGCAGCAGCAUAUGCUUCAACAGAGUGCCCAACUCCUGCGCGAGGACUAGACCGACUGCUGACCUGUGCUUUAAGUUCAAGGCUGAUUCUCUAAACUUUCUGAAGCACCCUUUUCAACAAAUUUGACUGUACAGACAACGACUCAUCCUCCGUGUCACUUUCCAGCCGUGGAUGAGUGCAGGAAGCGUGGAUGGUUAUGUUUGAAAAGGAGUCAGUACAGCCUCUGGACCAGUCGACUGUGACAGCGAUGCCUUCAAACAAAUACUCUGCUGCUAUCAUGGAGGAGAGCAACAAGAUGACGGCCACAGCAGCGGUAAAUGGAGACACGGCUCCAGCUGAGGGCCUAUCAGAGAACGACAGUGGCGUGGAGCUGAUCAAUGAGAACAGCCCUCUGACCGCGGCUGAACCGCCCUCCCCCUUCAGCCCCAAGCAGAACGGAGAUGCCGCCUCACCUCAAGAUGGUAACCAGUGUUCAGGGGGGAGCAGGAAGAGGAGCAGGAAGAGGUCAGAGGAAGAGGAAGCUACCUGGGACUCCUACAGCGAGGACAAGACUUCAGGAGCGUCUCAGUUGAGUUUGAGACAGACGCCUCGACCCAGAACCAUCUUCCAGGCCGGUCUGACGCCACACACACACAACAAACCUCGCAGACAGAGCCGCAAACAGGAGCACAGCAUGUUACUGUGUGGUGGUGGUGGUGCUCCUCGGGUGGCUGUGGCCGUGGCUGUGGCCGUGUCCGGCGGGGUCCCCGAGGCCCCCCGUCUGGAGCUGAUGGAACAAGACUCCAAGGACUCGGCCCAGAGCAUCAGCACCUCCUCUAGCUCCGAGAUCCAGCCGGAGUACAAUGACAACAAGGGUUUUGGCAUCGGCAAGCUGGUGUGGGGGAAAAUCAAGGGCUUCUCCUGGUGGCCCGGCAUCGUGGUGACAUGGCGCGCCACCGGCAAACGACAGGCCAGCCACGGCAUGAGGUGGCUGCAGUGGUUCGGAGACGGCAAGUUCUCUGAGGUUUCUGCAGACAAAUUGGACUCCAUCACCGCCUUCCCCAAGUUCUUCAGCCAGGCUUCGUACACCAAGCUGGCAUCGUACCGCAGGGCCAUCUUCCAAGCACUGGAGAUGGCCAGCAUCCGGGCAGAGAAGAAGUUUCCUCCCUGUGAGUCCGACAAUCUAGACGACCAGGUCAAGCCCAUGCUGGACUGGGCCAAUGGCGGCUUCCUGCCCAAAGGAGAGGAGGGACUCAAACCUACGCACACUGCCGACAGUAACCCUCUGGACCACCAGGUCCUCGAUGUGUCCCUGCCAGAGUAUUUCCCCAGUGCCAAGCGGCCCAAAGUCAGCCUCUGCAAGAGCAAGGCCGCCCCCGAGGAGACCUACAGCAGAGAACAAAUGGUGAAUGAAGUUCUGAAGAAUAAAAGAAGUAUAGAAGAGUUCUGUCUCUCUUGUGGAAAGAUGAGAGCAGCAACCUUUCACCCGCUCUUUGAAGGAGGCCUGUGCCAAACAUGCAAGGACGUGUACCUGGAGAUGUCCUACAUGUACGACGAUGACGGUUACCAGUCCUACUGCACCGUCUGCUGCGGAGGUCGCGAGGUUCUGCUCUGCGGCAACGCCAACUGCUGCAGGUGUUUCUGCGUGGACUGUCUGGACAUCCUGGUCGAUCCCGGGGCGUCUAACAAUGCUCGCCAUCUGGACCCGUGGCGAUGCUACAUGUGCCAGCCGCUGCUGCAGUACGGCGUCCUGAAGCAACGCCAUGACUGGAGCCUCAAGCUGCAGGAGUUUUUUGCCAACGACAACGGACAGGAGUUUGAGAAACCAAAGAUUUACCCAGCAGUCCCUGCAGAGCAGAGACGACCAAUCAGAGUCCUCUCCCUGUUUGACGGCAUUGCUACUGGCUACCUGGUUCUGAGGGACCUGGGUUUUAAGGUGGACCAGUACGUGGCGUCAGAGGUGUGCGAGGACUCCAUCUCAGUGGGGGUUGUCAGACAUGAAGGAAAGAUCCAGUAUGUCCAUGAUGUCAGGAACAUUACUAAGAAAAACCUUCUGGAUUGGGGUCCAUUUGACCUGGUGAUAGGAGGAAGUCCCUGCAAUGACCUGUCAAUCGUCAAUCCUGCCAGAAAAGGGCUCUAUGAAGGCACAGGGAGGCUGUUCUUUGAGUUUUACCGUCUGCUGAGUGAGGCCAAGCCCAAAGAAGGAGAGGACCGGCCGUUUUUCUGGAUGUUCGAGAAUGUGGUCGCCAUGGGCGUCAAUGACAAGAGGGACAUCUCACGAUUCCUGGAGUGUAACCCUGUGAUGAUCGAUGCUAUCGAGGUCUCUGCUGCUCACCGAGCCCGAUACUUCUGGGGAAAUCUACCUGGCAUGAACAGGCCUCUGUGUGCCUCUGGGAUGGACAAGCUGGAGCUGCAGGACUGUCUGGAUCACGGCAGAGUUGCAAAGUUCGGGAAGGUGCGCACCAUCACCACUCGCUCCAACUCCAUCAAACAAGGAAAGGAUCAACACUUCCCCGUCCUGAUGAAUGGAAAGGAGGACAUACUGUGGUGCACUGAGCUAGAGAGGAUCUUUGGCUUCCCUGUUCACUACACAGACGUGUCCAACAUGGGUCGUGGUGCCAGACAGAAGCUCCUGGGCCGGUCCUGGAGUGUCCCCGUCAUCAGGCAUCUGUUCGCACCAUUGAAAGACUACUUUGCCUGUGAAUAGAUGCCACCCGCCACCAGCAAACAGACGCCACUUACGAUUACACACCAGCUUUCCUAUCGUGAUAUUGGCUCCAAGGUACAUCAUCUGCCAGCCAAAUCAUUUCGCAAAGAGCUGGGAGUUUUCUCCACUCAGGCAGGCAAAGAACCAGUUCACUACAGUGUAGCUGGAAAAUAGUGUAUGUAGCUGUUAGUUUAGUCCAGCUCUUUCUGGAUCCUGGUGAUAACACACCGCAGCCUUAAACACAUGUAAUACACACUAACACAGAGACACAGAAAUACAGCAUAGGCUGUGUUUUCUCACUAACACAGGGAGGGUCAAAGGUCAGUGUCCCUGAGGCCAGUAGAGUGAUGGGCCCCGUCUGGAUGUUUAGCAGAGUUAAAAGGGAAAGAUGACAACAUCUGGCGCUUCUACUUUGUUCAUUAACAGCAGACCUUUACAGUGAUUUUAACAGGAUUUUCCUUUUGUUUGAAAUUGCCCUUGGAAGGCAUGGUUUGUAAGUUGACAACACUUAGUAGUAGUAGAAAGAUAGAGAACAACAUGGCACAGACGCUACAGCUGUUAAGUGGCUCCGUUUCAUUUUUUAUUUAAUUAAAUGUUUGUAGGAAGAGUUAAACAUUUCACAGGACGCUCAUUUAGCUGAUGAUUAAAAUGUGUGACAACAGGCUGCUGAUACAGGCUGUUCAUCCGAACACUUGAACCAAAGUCAUUAGAUGGACAGUUUUUGGGCUACAGCUGUUCCACUCUCCUCAGGCCACAAUGUAUUUUCUGUCGGGAAAAGCCAAAACAUGACAUUGGGGGUUUCUGUCCAAUUUCAAAGGUAAUAAAAAUAAACAACUGCACUGGAUAAUAAAAGAUUAACCAGGAAAAAUCAAUGAUUAUUUUGUCAGAAAUGAACAACAACAUAUACCCUAACAAAAAUAUUCUUUAAUCUUUGUUAAAAUGACAAGUUGCUUAAAGAGAUAUUUUGCUGAUUUAAAUGCAGCUUUGUCAUGGCGGUGUCGGCAGUGUGUUUGGAUGAAGUGUGUUUGCCUUCCCUCCGUUUGCGUGCGGAGGCACGUGGCGUCAUCCGGCCGAUCUUGGCAGACCUCCGCUGCUCAAAGCUCCGUGCAAACGCCCUUCAUCUAAACACACUGCCCACACAAAGAUGACACAGAGCUGGACUAAAAUCGGCAAAGUAGAAAACCAUACUAUCAUGUUUGAGUUUUUCAACAGAGCAAAGACGUGCUCUGUAGGAAAAUACAUUCAGCGGUGGGAGCAAAGGCAACCCAAGCUAGCCUGGAGGUGAAGCAGGAUUUUGUCUUUAUAUUGAGACGAGAUCAUAUUCAUAGAUUUUUGUUUGUUGUUAUAAAAAACACUCAUUUUUACUUUUUGUCUUUUGCUUUGACAUUAGCUCAUUUGAGCAAAAUAGCUUCCUUAAAAAAGAAAAAAGAACUUCUAUUAAAGAUAGAAGUGUUUUUGUAUAGAUAGUAUGAAACCUUUGAGUUAUAAUGUCACUGUGACAUCUCCCUGAUGGCUACAUACAAGUACUUGAAACAAGCCAAUGCAAAAACAGAAAUAUAGAGAGAGUUUUUGUUUUUUGUCUUUUGCAAACCGUUCCAGACAGCUAAGAAGUAAAGACUGAGGGCAUUUAGCCUACUGUAGAAGUUUAGAUUUGAUCUUUAAAAUGACAUUGUUUGAGUUCAUUGAACUGGCUGGAUGUGUGGGUAGUCCUGGUUAGAAAAGUUCAUUUGAAUCCAGGAAAGAGUGAGUGUCACUGUUCCUAAAAAUGGUGGGAAACACUGGUGAACACGCAAUAUUUGUUGUAAACUACCACUGACUACUUUUGGUUUAAAAGGGGUUUUCAAAACAUUUGACAAAAGGACAUCCAUCCAAAAUGUUCUCUCUAAUGCUGGUUGACACUGUGCUUUGGCACACAGUAUGCAUAAAUAAUUACAAGUAAUUAUGAGAAAAUAAUACUGAAUGUAUAGUACGUUUGUUGCGAGAAGUGUUUCUCUGUGAGACUUCAAACACAACACAGUUAUUGCAAUCAUGUAGAUUCAUAAAACUCCUCAAUAAUGAUAAAUGUUGUAUUUCCAUGUCAUACUGUAUGCUUAAGAUUUAGCUCACCAGAUGGGUGGACACUUUAUUUUGGUACCAAUUCUGCUGAUGUGUCCAUACUCACAAAACUUGCCGUAUUACUUUGAAAUACAUUUUUGUUUGUUUGUUUUUUUAUAACUGGAAGAUUCUGUUGGCUGUCACCAAAUCAUACUAAGUGGGCAUUACCUCAGACAAAGAGGCGACUGUACAUCACUCCUCCAUUAGGAUCUUUGUUGUGUGAAUAUAUACUGUAUAUUGUAGUUUUAUGCUCCCAUAGCUUGUAUUUUAUCACUGGAACUUUUUUUUACACGUUUUGCGUAAUGUGUCAAUAUAAAGGUUUACAAGGGUUUUAACUCUCUUGUUUGAAAAGAACUACACUUUUUAUUGUAACACAAAAUGCACAAGCCUUUAUGUUGAAAUCAUUCCUUCAUGGUGCUCCUUCAAAAGGCCUCUUAAAGUGCCACCUUUUGGUUUUCUAUUCUAUCCUUUAAAAAACAACAAAAACUGAUUGUUUACAUGCUAUAUUAAUACUGCUGAGCUUGUUGAAUGUUUUGCUUGAAAACUGUACGCAAAACCAAUUCUGGAUUUUUUUUUUCCGUUCUGCUCUUUUAAGACUUUUUAUAUUAACCGUAUACAGCGUUCUUACUUUAAAUGUAUAAUGUUAUAGCACGAUCUAGAACAAAUUAAUCGAUAGCUUUUUGAUAUCUUGUGUUUCGAUGUAAACCAUUGAGUGUAUUUGUAGGCUUGAGUGUGAAUGACAUCUGAAAACACUUUUUGUUCUAACCUUUUUGUGCUUUAUCUUUUAUAAGAAUCCCAUUUGAGGAUUUUUUUUUGUCUUUACCUUUUUAUGAAUCUAGAGCAAAAGCAUUUCAAAUUAACAGAUUCUCUGCUAUUUUUUUUCUACUUCAUUUGAAUAGUGGAAAAGCGCUGAUGUAUUUUUUUAUGUUUGUUUACUUCCUAUAGCAACCUAUAUAAAAGUUUUACUCAAUAAAAUGCAGCUUGGCUGCUAAAAACCUC